AUGACUGGUGAACUCCGUCUCAGUUGUACUCAACGAUCCAGCGGAUCCAAGGAAAUGCGGCGGAUAGGCGGCUGGGAAAGGAGACUGGGGCCCGGGCUGCUUACCUCUAUACUGUACCUAGGUAGUGUACAAGGUACCCCCGCCGACUGCCAACAACCAUCUGCCGCGCGCUCUCAGCAGGUUACCCGUAGCGCUGUGAACCUGCAAAGCAGCCGCACGCCCAGCAAGGCACUGAGGUGCGGGCAUGCUGGGUACCCCGCCAAACAAAGGCCUGCUAUCGGCAGGUACACCGCCGAAUCUCGAGCAAGACUUGCCCGAGUGCCCUUCGAAGAAGCUUCAAUCAUGGACAGUGGUGGACCGAGCAUGGCGGGGGAGGAAGAUAUUGAUCUCUACGAGCUCCUCGGCAUUGAUAAGGAUGCUUCGCAGGAUCAGAUCAAGAAGGCAUACCGAAAGGCCGCCCUUCUUCACCACCCCGACAAAGUCCCUGAGGAACGCAGAGAGGAGUCGGAAGCCAAGUUCAAGGCUGUCAGCCAGGCCUACGAAAUCCUCAAAGAUGAGGACAAACGCCACCUUUACGACACCCAUGGCAUGGCCGCAUUCGACCCUUCGCGGGGCGGCCCCGGCGGUCCCGGCGGCGUCGAGGUCGACUUGAACGACAUUCUGUCACAAAUGUUCGGCAUGGGCAUGGGCGGCCCCGGUGGCCCUGGUGCCGGUCCCAGAAGACCGCGUCGCGGUCCCGACGAGGACCAGCCUUACAAGGUCACGCUCGAGGAGUUGUACAAGGGCAAGACUGUCAAGUUCUCCGCAAACAAGCAGGUUGUCUGCGGCACCUGUAAGGGAUCCGGCGCCAAGGCAAACGUCAAGCCCCAGCAGUGCGAGAAGUGCAGAGGCGCCGGUAUGGCAGAGGCCUUCCGCCAGGUGGGACCGGGUAUGGUCCGCAAAGAGACCGUUAUUUGCGAUCGUUGCGAGGGAUCCGGAAACUUCUGCAAGGAGAAGGACCGCUGCAAGAAGUGCAAGGGCAAGCGCACUACCUCCGAGACCAAGGUCCUCGAGAUUUACAUUCCCAGAGGUUCCCAGAAUGGAGAGAGGAUCGUGUUGGAGGGCGAGGCGGACCAGUUCCCAGACCAGACCCCCGGAGACAUUGUUUUCCACUUGGCCGAGGAGCCCCACGACGAGUUCACUCGCAUCGGCAACGAUCUCUCUGCCGAGCUGAAUGUCUCUCUUGCUGAGGCUCUCGGUGGCUUUUCCCGUGUUGUGUUGACGCACCUUGACGGCCGCGGUAUUCAUAUGGAAAGACAGCGCGGCGAAAUCCUCCGCCCCGGCGAUAUCCUCAAGGUCGCUGGCGAGGGUAUGCCUCAGAAGCGCGGCGAAGAGAAGGGUGACUUGUACCUGAUUGUCAAUGUUGAGUUCCCUGAGGAUGGCUGGUUGAAGGAUGAUAAGGAGUACGAUGCUCUGAACAAGCUCCUUCCUCCCCCUCCUCCCCCCAUCACAGCCGAGGAGGUCGAUGAGGUUGAGUACGAAGAGGUGGAUAGCCUGGAUUCGAUGGGCGCCAACUCGGGAGACCCGCGUUUCGGUGGCGAAUGGGAAGACGAAGAUGAAGAAGAUGGCCAGCCUCAGUGCCAGCCUCAACAUGACGACCCGGACGGUGUGGGGGGUCGUAUAGCGAACAGUGGUGACUCAUGGAAAGCACAAACCGCUUCUAGUUCUGCUGUAAUGGGCUUUUACGUGGGAGAUCGAUGUAGGACAUGCCGCCUCGUCAACUGCACCACAGUUGACCGAAAAGAGUCCCUUCCGCUAGCGCGACCUGUUGGGCCAGUAGCAGGGCUUCGGAAAGAGCCCACGUCCAGUGCGAUUCGAAAUGGUGGUCACCCAAAUUUCACGAUCGCCUUGAAGCCCGAAUUUGACGACCCAGGAACAGCCGUCAAGGUGAGAUUUGAUUGCUACAGCAUCCUUCAUCGACAUGCUGUCGGUAUUGUGAUUCAAUUACUGACAUUUGGUUUCAUAAAGAUGGUCGCCGCAAAGAAGCACGUUCCUAUCGUGAAGAAGCGCACGAAGCUCUUCAACCGCCACCAGAGCGACCGCUUUAUGCGCGUUGAUCGAUCAUGGCGCAAGCCCAAGGGUAUCGACAACCGCGUCCGCCGUCGCUUCAGGGGUAACACUGCCAUGCCCUCGAUCGGCUUCGGCUCCAACAAGAAGACCAAGUACAUGAUGCCCUCCGGCCACAAGGCCUUCCUCGUCAGCAACGUCAACGACGUCAACCUUCUGCUGAUGCACAACCGCACCUACGCUGCCGAGAUCGCCCACAACGUCUCCUCGAGAAAGCGCAUCGACAUCAUCGGCCGCGCCAAGCAGCUCGGUGUCAAGGUCACGAACCCCAAGGCCAAGAGGAAAAAUCAGCUGUUCGGGGCGAGGGGGUUCGGUUUUCAUCGCCUGGUUACUUGCGUUGUGCUCUCAUAUCCAGGGAACGGGAAUGCAUCGGAAACGGUUUCUGCGAUGAUUCAGGGCUGGCGGCUUGGCAUGGCUCGUACCGUUGUGCUAGGAAAUACAAAAAAACAACCGCAGCAAAAAUUCAACGACUUGACGUUCACUCAGGCGAUCCUUUAUAUGCUCGGUAAUUCGAGAAUAUCACCAACCCCUUUGGCCCCUGUAUUGCACUCUUCACCAGUGACGUUCGUGCUUAUUUUGCUGUCCGGCUGUUCUUGCCUGCUUAGUCGUUCUGUCUGCUUGGUCAUCUGCAUUACCUUCACUUGGCUGACUUGUUCCCAACCUGAGUUCGACUCCCCGGCCUAUCUAAUACGUCGUCUAGUCGUCAAUCGUUGCCUCGUGGCAGGUCUGGCCAUCUGCUAA